GCUGUAUACAUUGGGAUACAAACAAAGGACUCCGCGCGCGCGCCAACAGUAGUUGAAACAGAAUCAAAAAACACCAACAACAACAACAAAAAGAAUUUUUCAGUUUCUCGUUUUGCGGCGCGGCAAGCCGUCUUCCCGAAAUUGUGGACAAAGCCACUUGACUACAAAUGAAAAGUACACAGAAAUUGACCAUGUUUAUUCAGCAAUAUUGUUCCACACUGUUUUUUUAAACCUUGACGUCACUUGUAUUCAUGCGACAGGCAAAUUCAAUAUUUAAAUUUCGUCCACUGCGGAGAUCAACACUUUCGCGUUUUGAAUAACAAGAACAGCUGCAAGUGGUUUCGGGCGCUCCGUUGAAUUAAUACAAUACAGGUUUGGUUUGGAGACGGCACCACGCAAUUUCAUGAUCACACGUAACUACCUGAGUCGUAGACAUAACAUAGACACAGCAAUCCGCCCUCGAAGAAUAUAUCAAUAUUGUGUUCGUUGUAUGAGUUGCUUUUUAAAUGGUGCUCGGUUAAGGCGCAAACGCCAUUUUCCCUCAGCAACUGCACGGCGGAACACGUUUACAAGGUCGACGAUCAUCUUCGUCAAGUUUUCGUAUUAAAGACGUACAAAUGGAAGUUUCACACUCUAACAUAUCUGUCUUCGAACAUAACAAUUCUGAUUCGUCGCUUUGUGAGUACAUGUCUCCAAAAUCCACCGAAGCGAUUCUGGCUUGUCUCGUCAUCAUAUUAAUCCUGUGCAUUUUAGGUAAUGGCGCAGUCUGUGUGAUCGUUUCACGACAUUACCAGCUUCACACCGUGACAAACGCUUAUUUCGUGAACAUGGCUAUUAUUCAGCUACUCUUUGCGCUGUUCUCCAUUCCACCGUAUCUAAGAAUUUCAAGUUCCUCCGCGGGAAAGACACAAUGGUUGUGCGUUUUCAUUGGAUUUUCUUUCCAGUUGUUCGCGGCUCUUUCGAAUUUAGCGUUAACUUUGCUCACCAUAGAACGUUACUAUGUAAUUAAUAAUUCCGGCAGGAAGAAAAUUUCCGCCAAAGCGACCGGUAAGCUGAUAUCUGCUGCAAGUAUUUUGGCUCUGAUCUUUGCUGUUUUAUGGACACUGCUGGAGGGAAGUUCAACUAAUUGCUCCACUGCUUCUGACUUUGGCGGCUCGAGUCUAGCCUGUUUUUCUUUACUAAGCUCUCACAAAACAGCGACUCUACGAAUCCUCAACAUUGUUUAUAUACUUGUGUGUUUUUUGCUUCCGAUGGCAUUAAUGGCUGCACUGUUUGUAAAAAUGACCAAGCCACUAUGGAGUGGAUUUCAUGGUAUUCGACCAAUGGGUACUGGAAACACAGGAACGAUUCGUUUUUUUGCCGAAAUCAAAACUACAAGAACUUUGUUUAUUAUCUCGGUUCUUCACCUCUGUUGCUGGCUUCCUCUAUGCAUAACAUCGCUAUAUUUAUCUUCCCGGCUGAAACAAAACGACCGCCAUUUGUCUUUUUUAAGAGCUAAAGUUGUCAGCAUUUGUCUGGCUUUCGCGUCAUCCUGUAUUAAUCCUCUGAUGUACGCGCUCAGAAAUCCUCGCUUUAGUAUAAUAUUUCGACCGAACACGCGUUCGCAUGGGAAGAAAAGAGUUCAUUUUAAAAAGACUGCAGAAAAAGGUGAAAACACUUCAACAAAGCCAAUGACUUGGGUACAAAGAACGAAAUGUGCUUCCGUAUAUGAUACUAGUCGAAGCGAAGAAACUCAAACUACAUCUUCAUGUUAACGAGCUUUAACGCAAGGCAAUAUUCCGUAUUAAACAUUUCGGCGCUGUAUUUUGCUAGCUUGUCAAGACGGCCGACAGGUGUUUUUUAUUGAAUAAACUUGCUUCCCUGAAUUUUGAAAAGUGCUUAUUGAAAAACAUAUCUUGAGUAACAGAACAAAAAGUUAUCCUCAGUCAAUUAAUGCGUGCGUUUAGAGGUUUUGGAGCCCGGCCGUGUGAUAUUUCGGUAAAUGUGAGCUAUUAUAACUGCAAUGGCAUUAUGCACCUGCCAAAGCGUUUUUAUCAUUUUGUUUCUCAUUUCAAAUACUGCUCAAUUGUCAUUAGAAAUAUCGUUACCCACUCUUAACAAUAACAUCGGGUCUUUCGUUUAGACCCAGUGAAAAGUUAAGUUUCCAAUCGUUUUCACGUGAACGAAAUUUUCAAGACAAUUAAUUCUUCAGCGCUAGUGUACAGUCAAUUACGUCCGUGGAUCCUUUUUCGAUUUUCGCUUGAGUAAAUAACUAAAUUUUCAAUAACGACUUUGCAUCAUUAUCUACAUUAUUCUAUCCAAACAGGCCCUGAAAAUGCACGGAAAACAACUCAUGUUGAGCUGCAAUUAAAAAGAAAACACUUUUCUCUUUUUAAAAAAGUCGCGGGAGGUUCGACGAAGGUGGUGCUUGCCACAUAUGAAGCUCAGUUGAAUUUUUUUUAUUCGUUGAAAGCACCGAUUUUUAACCGCCAUUUUCACCUAAGUUUUAAACUGCCAGAGUGAGAAUGGCGUUUCGUAAUUUUAAUGUCGUUUUUCUAAUGGUGAGAUACAUAAAAUAAAACAAAAAACUUCCUUAAUAGAAGAAAAAUUCCGUCGACCGAAACCCUUUUCGGUUAAAAAAACGGAAUGAAAAUUUUGCGUUGUGAAUAAACCAACCGUAAAUUGAAAUAUAAAUUAACCAAAUAGAUUUAACUGAUCAAGAAAGAAAAACUAAAAUUUAUUCAUGCGAAAUAUAUAUGCAAGUUUGUAAAAAAUUCGAAAAUGUUACUGAACGGUAAACUGUUUUGUACCAUAAGAAAAUUAUGAGAGAUAAAUUGUAAUAUAAAUCAGUGAUAUUUUUUGCGAAAAUAAUUAAAAUUAAAAUCUUAGUAAAUGAACUUGCGCUUGUGAUUUUUUCCUGCCUAAUUUACUCUAAUGGAGCAGCUGAUAAGGAAAUGUAUAUUUGCUUUUGGUUUUCAGUUCUUCAACAGGAUUUCUAUCCCUAUCAUCUACAGAUCGGAAAAAAUUGAGUUACGCGACAAAAAUUAUCGUACAUCAAGCAAAAUAUGUAUUUCGCGUUAAAUUUCUCUCAAUUUAUGGCUGAAUUAUUACAACUUUCAUUUGCGAACGCAGUCUGCAACUAGAUGUUACACUCUUCCCCAAUGGUUCCUGUUUUUCGGCUGAUAAUUUUAGAACUGAAAAAUCAAAAUCAUUUUUUUGGUUGACAAGUAAUUUCCUGGUUUAUUUCUUUUUCCUUUUUGAUUUUUUGUUUUGUUUUGGUGUGCGUGCUAAAAUUAGAAGGCAAUGACCCUAUAAAUUACCAAUAUUUCGACAUAUUUACGAUAUUGCGACAUGCCUACCAUGCAUAAAUCAAGAAGGAAUGGAAGCUUACAAAAAUAUUGGGCUGGAUACGGCAUUUAUCAUUUGUAUGGAAAACGCGUCCAUGACACCGUUGAUGAAAAUUGAUAAUGACUUCGGUGGGAAAACAAAUGAAAUUUUUCUAGAGCAAUUGUAAUGUCCUCGGAGGUCCUUGUUUUCUCGAUUUUUAAUACCGGGACGACCAGAAUUUUCUGUACCAUUUGUUCGCGUUAUUAAUACCACACAAGAUUGACUUUGUUGUGGGAAAUUUGGUGAGUGAUAUUUGAUGUUAUUGCGAUAAAAAACGUGAAACAAUUUAUGAUGAUCUGUUUGUUUGCCUUCC